AUGGUCGGGUACCACGACAGCGAGGAGGCGGUGUUAUUCCCCAAGAUUGAAGAAAGUAUUGGCAUUAAGGGCGUUAUGGAUGAGGAUAUGGCAGAGCAUGCUGCUUUUCACGCUGAUUUCGACACCACCAAGCAAUACAUCGACAAAUGCCUGGCCUCAACAUCCGAAUACCGGGGUACCGACCUGGUCAAAAUCCUUGAUACUUAUGGCUCAGCCUUCUAUGACCAUCUAGCGCCAUUGAACUACUUUCCCUUAACCAGUACAACUUCGCCAUACGAGAAAUUGGUGAUGCAACCACGCAGCACGCGCUAG